AUGCGCUCCUGCCUGCGGAGAUAUAUCUUCAUCGCUGCCUUCUUCAUUGUCCUGGGGUUCUUCCUUCAAGAGGAUGAAGAAGAGAACACAGAGGGCCGUGUGUCCGUGGAGAUCUGGACAUCAGCCUCAGCCCUGACCCCCGUCUGUCCUCAAAAGCACAAGAAGACUGUGGUUCGGCAGAUGGUUCGGGAGCAAUUCAACUCUGAAGUCAAGAACCAUCUGGAAGCCUUCAAGGAGAUGCAGAAAACCCCCCCUGGGCUCCAGCAGGCCAGCUACAAGCUCCUGGCUGGAGCUCCUCCCCCAGAAAAGAAACUGCUGACCGUGGGCAUUUCCUCGAUACAGCAUCCUCACAGGAGCCACCUCCUGGACACCUUGCACUCCCUCUUCCAAGCUACCUCCGACCCUGAGCUGGCUCAUAUCAUAGUGCUGGUCCACCUGUCAGACCCUGACCCCGAGCGGCUCCACAGAGCAGCUGCCAAUAUUUCCGGCCCCUUUGCACCGCACCUAGAGUCCCGGAGGCUGCUUGUGGUCAGCGGUCUUCUCGGCGACUCCCCUCUCCCGCGACCCCUGACGCCCAGUCAGUCCUCGCCCUGUGAGGCUCUGCGCUCCCGGCAGAGAGAAGGUCAGGCCCUGCUCAUGAACUUCGCCAGCGAGCUCUCGGAGUACUUCCUGCUGCUGGAAGACAACACGCGGUGCGCCCCCAGGUUUGUUUCUGCCAUCUACUGGACGCUGGCGGCCUGGAGGGAGCUGCGCUGGGUGGUCCUGGAGUUCUCCAGCCUGGGCUCCGGGCAGGUUCUGCACAGCCGUGACCUCUCCCGCUUCACCUCUUUCUGCCUCCUCUUCCCCGAGGACGCUCCUACUCACUUGCUGCUCUCUAAAUUCCGUCUUCUCUUGGCUCAAACCGUUCCUAUUCGUUUCGGCGUCUCCCUCUUCCACCACAUGGGCAACAGGUCCCAGCUGGAGGACGCCUGCUUUCCUGUGGAGGAGGACAGGGUGUUUGGGGAGGCGGACAACCCCGCCGCGGUGGUUCGCACCGACAUGCUGUCCCUGCUGCACAUCGGCCCCCAGUACGCCUACGUUCUCAACGAGGAGUACUACUCCACCCUGGACCCCGUGGAAGGCAACCACCUGACUGUCAUCCUGGACAGCCCGCAGAGAGUCAUCCGGGUCGCGGUGCUGACAGGCACUUUGGAGCAAGGGCUGUACCGGCUCCACCAGGGGCAAGUUCUGCUGGGCUCUGAGCCCUUAGGGGAUUCCUGGGGCUGUGCUCGCUACACCCUGCUGGGGCCGCUGGUGGGAGGGAAUCUGGACCAGAGGGUGUUUUACGAAGAAGGUGCGGUGGAGCAGCUGAGUUGUAUACAACUGCUGGUGUUAGAAUCUCAAGAGUCUUGGCUUCUGAUUAAGCAGAUCAAAGUCUGGACGGAGUCUGAGGAAGAGGAGGAGAGUUAGGGGGUACAACGGGGACGCGGAAAGAAUCAGGCUUGGGAAUGGGAUCUGCAUGGUUGGAAAGAAAUAAAUCUAGAACUUAAUCAAAGGAUGCUCAUUCCAAGUAGGGUGACUAUGAAAUUUAUUGUCCAUACUGGGAGCCUCUGGAGAGGGAAAGGACGUGCUGUGAAAAAUGACACAGAGCAAGAGAUGGGAAACCAGGGCUGUCCCGGGUACCAAGCGGUGGUGGCACCCCGAUUCUGAGUUCUCUAGGCUACUCUGGGUAGAUGACACUGUCUGAUGGGAGACGGACACAAGACAGAAGACUUUUGUCUUCCAAGGGAGAGAGAGAGAGAGAGAGAGAAGAAGGAGGAAGAGGGGUGGGGGAUCGUGGACCGACUUGGUUCUUGGCCAUACAGGUGCUUCCCAGGAUCUCUCCUUGAGUCUAGAGUUGGCAGUAGUCUUAACAGCACCGCGACCACUGACUUGGCCAUACCGGUGGAUCCAGAUGUCUUCACACUGAGACCCUGUUGAACCUGUUUGCUGGGCUGGGAUUUGGGAAUGGGUGUUUCAAGUAUGCACGACCCUGCUAGAGUGAGGGCAGAAGCUGGUGUAGGCUCACGUGUUUCAGUUUGAGGAGAGAACACUUCGCUUUCAUCCGAGCAUUGAUUUGUCCCCCGUCUCCCUCAACAUUUCAGAAUAGCUAAACCAGCAGGCGCACCCUCUUGAGGAAAGACAUGGUACAUUUCUUAUUGCAGAAAUCUUUCUAUUUUCAUUGCAAAAUAAGUAGUUAGACUCAUAUCCUCCUCCGUGUAUCUGUUCAGCACAUACCUGGGUGCGUACUGCAUGCUGGGUGCUGUUCAAGACAGCAUGAAUAAGACGAACCAAAG